ACCAUUAUAUUUUAUUUUAUUCUCUUCUAUUCUUUAUUUCUUUAUGAUGCACUUAAGAAUUUACAUACAAUAAUUGUAUUUAUUGUGCUCUGACUUCAGAGUUUGAUAGCUGGAAUUGUAUAGAUCUUAAUGUGAUUUUUAUUGUAAAUACGUAAAAUGAUUAAACAAGUAUUUAAAUCAUUUCCGGACAAUAAACCAAUAUCAGGAUUAUGUAUAGUAGAAGAUAUUACCAAAUGCCCAACAGGAUAUAAUCCCAUAUCAAAAACACAUGACCAAGAUUCAGAUGCUGAUUUACAUAUGCAGUCAUGGAAAGAGUCUGUGUUUAUUGGCAGAAAAAUUACAAGAUAUCUAUGCUUAUCUAAAACAGAAGGGAUUUCAGAUUACAUUGUAGUAAAUAUAAAUAUAAUAAAUGAAAAAGAAUGUCCUCCUGAUGGCUACUGUUUAAUUCCCAGAACUAUUGACAGUGAUCAAAAAGCCUGGCGAAAACGUCAAUUAUGUUACAAAUUAAUUAGAAAAAGUCAAGCUUCAUUUGCAAUUACUGAUAUUAUACUAUUAAGUCGAUCAAAAAAAGCACCAGAUGGUUUUAUUUUAGUUGGGGAUUUAAAUGGCUUAACACUUUGUUAUAAAACUAGCCCUCAAUCUCCAGAUGUGCCAUUGCCAUCAUUGACUUAUGGAUUAACACCAACACUGUCAACAGAAAAUGUUCCAAACAGCAAUGGAUCCUUAAGUUCACUCCCCAGCUUAGAAUCUAGUGCUAAUGUAUUAUCCCAUGAUUAUGAUCGACUAAUGUCAUUAAAACCUACACGGCCAGCACCAAAAUUACCUCCAACGUAUUCAUCGUCUAACUAUUCUACAUUAAACUCUUAUCAAGGGUUAGAAGGUAUUCCAUUUAUAUUGAAUCAAAAUAUUUCUGUGGAAAAUAAGUCUAUUUUUAAGGAUAUACCAGAAAUUAAAAUAAAAACACUCGAAGACCUUGAUUUAGAGUACAACUACAGUUUUGAACAAGAACGACAAGUGUAAUUUCCUACUUAUUUUGUGAGUUGUAAGUUAGACACAAUUUUUAAAACUUAAAAUGUAUUAAUUUAUAAUAUGUAUAUUUUUAUACAUACGUACAUUGUAUAUAACCCUUAAUUUUUUCAUCUUAUCCUAUGUUAGAUUAUAUUUAAUUUUACAACUAAAAACUAUUAAUUAUUAUUUUUAUUUGAAUUAAAAAUAAUCUUUUUAAAUUUGUUAGCAGUAUGAUGAUUAUUUUUAUGAUCAACUGUUUUACUAUCAUACUCAUAAGUUUAGGUUAAAAUUACUUUUAUACUAAUUUAUUAGUUAUUACCAAUCGUAUAUUUAAAAAUAGUUUAGGUAUUUCAGAUCAAACAUAUCAUGACAGUUUAGUACUAUAAUAACUGUAAGCAGUGAAAUCUCAAUAAGUUGAACAAAAUUACUUUAACAUCACUAUGUAUAUGUAUAUAUUAUUUAAAUGUUAUCUCUUAUUAUAAUCGAUCUUUGACAUUUCACUGCAUUUUUAAAUACUCAUAAUUAUACUUAUAUUACAAUGUUACCUAAUAGAUAUUUUUGCCAUUAUAAAAACAAAACUAUUAAAGUAAUACCACGUGUAAAUGUUUUUUAAUAAAUGCCAUAAAAGUUAUGAAAGCUGAAAAAAUCUUUCUAUUUUAAGAAAAAUGUUUUUUGACUGUUAGUAAUUAUUAACAACAUUAGUAUUUUAUUUGUGAGUGUUAAUUUGAUUAAAAUUAAAAAUAAAUAUCAGAGCAUUCUUACACAUGAUUUAGCAUCAAUUGCUUAACAAACCAUAUGUAGAAUAAUUUGUUCAACUUAUUCAUAGUUAAUUUGCAUUAUUAUUACGAAAUGAGAACUAUUAGCUAAUUACAAUUUUUAUUUGUUGUAUUAAUUUAUUAUAAUCUAAAUAUUAGAUUUAGUGGUGAAAAAAUCCUAUUUUUUAGCCAACAACUUUUUUUAUUUUUCCCACCAAACCACCCACCUCUUCUAUAAAACUAUUAAUAUAUUUCAUAUAUAAGGAUAAAAUUAUGUAAUUUUUAAUUGUUAGUACUCAAAAGCAUUUAGAAAAAAAAUGUUUUAUGUCACUGUAAGCCACCUAAUACGCAUGAAUUAUGAAUUUUAUGAUUUUGCAUUUAGUUUUAUUUAUUUAAUUUUAAUUUUUAGUACUUAAACAAUGAUUCUGAUAGUGACAAAAUAUUGAAUAAUUUGUCAAUAAAAGUAAAACAGUGUGUUCAGUGGUUCAUAAUAAACAAAAUAGUCAUGCUGUAUUUAUAUUUCAAAUAAUUGGUGC